AUGGCAUCCUGCGGUCUGAUUUCCGCGUCCCUUCGCGUCGCCCCGUCCCUUGCUCCCGCGACUGGUCUCCCCUCGGCUUCACGACCCUCCGUGAACAGCCAAUCAGCAUGCGCGAGGACGUCCGUGAUCCGCGUUCGCAGUAGCAUGAAGACGGAAUCUUCCGACUUUUCAAGGGGUCCCUCAUCUGUCAUUGCCAAGAUGGCAGUCCCCGCCGUGCUUGCCGCUCUCCUCGCCAUGCCGCUCUCCCCCGCAGCCGCGUCGGCAGCAGGAAUUAACGCCGUCGCCGUACUGACGGGGAGCUCCGGGGUUUCCGGGACCGUCACAUUCUCGCAGGAGGGAUCAGGCCCCACGGAAGUGAGUGCGACAGUGGCAGGGCUGACUCCAGGCCUGCACGGCUUCCACGUGCACAAGCUGGGAGACCUCUCCAACGGCUGCAUGUCCACUGGCCCGCACUUCAAUCCGGCGGGCAAGACCCAUGGAGCACCAGGGGAUAGUGAGAGGCACGCAGGAGACCUUGGAAACCUGGUGGCGAAUGAGUCUGGUGUGGCAACUGUGUCUCUGACUGACCUCCAGAUUCCUCUCUCGGGUCCCAACUCUGUUCUUGGCCGUGCUGUUGUCGUGCAUGCUGAUGCGGAUGACUUGGGCAAGGGUGGUGUUGAGCUGAGCAAGGCCACGGGCAAUGCUGGUGGCAGGGUGGCAUGUGACCCAUUCCUGCUGGGAUGGCAGGAGACCUCCUUCACCAACUUCCCCGCGCCCUUUUGGAACGUCGCCGUCGGCCGGCCGUGCCCAGGCAACACCUCCGACCUGCCGUACGCGGGCGUCUCCUGCAACGACCAGGGCUACGUCAUCUCCGUGGAUCUGAGCUACCCGUCGUUCCCGGCGGGCGUGCCCAAGCUGCAGGGUGGCUUGGACUGGAACAUCUCGGGAGUGCUCUUUCUCGAGCGCCUCGACGUCUCUUACAACCUUCUUGAGGGCCCUCUGCCGCCGCAGCUGGGGCUGGCACCGAGUCUCAAGUCGCUGAACCUGGAGGGCAAUCAGCUGAACGGCACGCUCGACGACAUGCUCUGCUACCUCGACAAGCUCGAGUGCCUCCAUCUCGCCAACAACAACUUCAGCGGAAACCUGCCCUGGUGCUUCAAGCGGUUCCCCUGCCCCGACUUCGCGGGCAACCCAUACCUGAACACCACCGGAUGCUUGAAUGUGAAGGACAAGAGCUGUCCCAACAUCUACACGCCGGACGCAACUCCACCACCCCCGGGGGCCACGGGGCUGGGCGUGGGAGCCGUGAUCGGAAUCGUCUUUGGCGCGCUCGCGCUGUUCGCGCUGUGCGUGGCGCUCUUCUUCUACGUGCGCUUCAAGCAGGAGGAGAAACGCAAGCGCGAGGAGGCAGAGAGGCUGGCGCAGGACAUUGAGACCCAAAUCUCCACCCGUCACUUCGGCACUCUGAGGCGGUUCUCAGUGGACGAGCUGUCCAAGGCCACCAACGGGUUUGAUGAUGACAACAUGCUAGGCGAGGGCGGGUUCAGCAAGGUGUACAAGGGCAAGCUGGAGGACGGCAAGUUCGUUGCUGUCAAGAGGAUCAAGGAGGAGAAGAAGUCGGGUGGAGAGCUCAUGUUCCUGUCGGAGGUGGAGCUGAUCAGCCGAGCCGUGCAUCGUAACGUCAUGCACUCAGAGGGCUUCUGUGUGGAGAAGGGCGAGUGCAUGCUCGUGCUGCCUUUCUAUGCUAAUGGCUCCGUGGCCUCCCGCACUCAAGGCAAGGAGGGUAACCCCAUGGACUGGCACACACGCAUGAAGGUGGCCCGCGGCGCAGCAGAGGGCAUCGCAUACAUGCACACCGACUGCAACCCGAAGCUCAUUCAUCGCGACAUCAAGGCCGCAAACGUGCUUCUCGACGAGAACGAUGAAGCAGUCAUUGCUGAUUUCGGGCUGGCCAAGGAGAUGGACGUGCAUGAGAGCCACGCGUCCACUGCUGUGAAGGGCACCAUCGGGCAUAUCGCCCCAGAGUACUUUGUGAGCGGGCAGUGCUCGGAGAAGACGGACGUGUACGCGUUUGGAGUGUUCCUCCUGGAGCUCGUGUCGGGCAAGGACGUGUUUGAGCUCACUCUGCCGCCCGAAGCGGAGGAGCUGCUGCUCAGGGACUGGGUGGCCAACAUGCUCCGUGACGGCAAGAUCCCUGAGUUUGUGGACAACGACCUGACGCGAUUGGGCUACGACGAGGCUGACGUGGCAAAGAUGCUCCAGGUGGCACUGCUCUGCAUGAAGCACGAUGCGGUGGAUCGGCCAACCAUGGAUGAGGUGGCAAAGAUGCUCUCUGGAAAGGCCCUGGCGGACAAGUGGGAGAAGUGGCAGGAGGAGGCGGCGAAAAUGUCUGGCGAGGAUGUUAUGGCGGUGGUUAACACGCCUGCUAUCUGGGAGAACACCACCACGGGUAUCUCGCUCGAUGCUUUCAACCUGUCCGGGCCGCGUUAG